AUGAGCUCAUCCACUCCAUCCACUGCAGCCAGCGGCUCGCGAGGUCGGGAUCGAGGUCGAGGACGCGGAAGAGGCGGUCGUAAAGGCAUUGGCACAAGGUCAAUCGGUGGCCCAGAGCUAAGGGCAAGAACGCUAGCUGCAGCAGCUGCUGCAUCUGCAUCGAAUCAAUCAUGCGCCGCGGGUCCUCAUCGCUCGGAAGAGACCGUUCAUGCAGCUACGGAGGCGACCCAGUCACGCAGCUCGUCGCUAACAUCGUUGACAUCCUCGACGCCGUCUAUCGAAUUCGUCUCGCCGCCAGCUUCACCCCCCAACACCAACAAUCGCGAAGUCAUCACCAUCUCGUCGUCACCCAGCCCUCCGCCAUCGAGACAAUCCACCUCCGACAACGAGUCGAGCUCGGACGAAUCGUCCGAUGCACCACGCCAUCUCGGCAUCACGCAACUUGAGGCAAGCCGUUGA